UCUAAGACGAAAUCGAAAUCGCGAGCAAAGAAGUUCUCCGCGGAGACUCUUUUUUCCCCCGUUCCCAUUCCCGUUCCGUUGUGUUGUUCUUAUUAUUGCCGUUAAUUGCCAAAGAAAAUACGAAACGUACGAAAUACGAGCUGCGUGAUCGGAGAUCUAACCUCCCCCCCUCUGUCAUACAGCGUGUCACUGCCAACGUUAAAAAAAAACAAAAACAAAAGGCCACAGUCAGAGGAAGGCCAGAAUCGGUUGACUUUAUACUUUUAUUUAUUUUUGCAUUUUUUUCCCUGUUGUCCUGCUUAAUAUCUGUGUUUGUUAAUUCGAAACGAGUGCUGUGCGCCAAACAAAAUGCAAUUUAAACGCAUUUAAGGAACGAAGAGUACAAAUAAAAUAACGAGCGGAAACACACAGACGCGUACAGAAACGAGUUCAGAAUGGACAUGGAAAUGACGAUGAACCUGGAGACGACGGACAUGCAGAUGGAUGCCCCAGCGGCCACGCAGUCGAUCUACCCGCAUUCGGCGACAUUGUUCGCCGCCAUUAGUGCCUGCGUCUUUGUGACGAUCGGUGUGCUGGGUAACCUGAUCACCCUGCUGGCGCUGCUCAAGAGCCCCACGAUACGGGAGCAUGCCACCACUGCCUUCGUCAUAUCGCUGAGCAUCUCGGACCUGCUCUUCUGCUCCUUCAGUCUGCCGCUGACAGCGGUGCGAUUCUUCCAGGAGAGCUGGACAUUUGGCACCACUUUGUGCAAGAUCUUUCCCGUGAUCUUCUACGGCAACGUGGCCGUUUCACUCCUCAGCAUGGUGGGCAUCACCCUGAACAGAUAUAUACUCAUCGCUUGCCAUAGCCGAUACUCGCAGAUAUACAAGCCCAAGUUCAUAACCCUCCAGCUGCUGUUUGUGUGGGCCGUUUCCUUUCUGCUUUUGCUGCCACCCAUUCUCGGCAUUUGGGGUGAAAUGGGACUGGACGAAGCCACAUUCUCCUGCACGAUCCUUAAGAAGGAGGGACGAUCGAUCAAGAAGACACUGUUCCUGAUUGGAUUCCUGCUGCCCUGCCUGGUGAUCAUCGUCUCGUACUCCUGCAUCUACAUUACUGUGCUGCACCAAAAGAAGAAGAUCCGCAGCCACGACAACUUUCAGAUUGGAGCGAAUGCGGCGGGCAAGGGAUCCUCGGCAGGCGGCUCCUAUGUGACCACCACAAGUACGAGAAAGGCGCGCGAAGACAACCGACUGACCGUAAUGAUGGUCACCAUCUUCCUGUGUUUCCUCAUCUGCUUCCUGCCGCUGAUGCUGGCCAAUGUGGUGGACGAUGAGCGAAAGACCUCGUAUCCCUGGCUGCACAUCAUCGCCUCGGUGAUGGCCUGGGCCUCCAGCGUCAUUAAUCCAAUCAUUUAUGCGGCCAGCAAUCGCAACUACAGGGCGGCCUACUUCAAGAUCUUUGCGCUGCUCAAGUUCUGGGGCGAGCCGCUGUCGACGACGGCAAGUAGAAACUAUCACCAAAGCAAAAACUCCAAGGAGCUGUCGGGCGUGAUCCGCAGCACGCCGCUCUUCCACGCUGUGCAGAAGAAUAGUAUUAACCAAAUGUGCCAAACAUAUUCAGUAUGAUCGAAUCGAAUCAGAGUCGGAAUCAGUGUCGAGUCUUUGCAUUAAGAACUUGUAAUUCGUUUAUCAACUAUAAUUAAUUAUUACCGUUUAAUUUAUAAAUAUACGCAUCGAUGUAUGGCUGCGCUUACAUCAAAGACAAAUAUAUAUACGUAGACCAAUUGAGAAAUGCUAGUGUUUUUCAAUCUCUGUGUAAAGUUCUAAUGAAAAACUGUUUAAAAUUCGAUUAGCAAAUACACUGUCAUAUAAGACGGCCUUCUACUAGAACGCCUAAUCAAGAAACACAUUAAGGAACUACCAGUAGAAACUUUGAAAACCUAAAAUAUUUAUAUCCAUGCUGCUUAUUGAGUGUCUUCCGAUAAAGGAGUGAUGGGUGCACGAAAUCAUUGGUCUGUCUUCCAUAUUUAUAUGAUUAAACAACUUCAAGUUGCAAGUCAGAUUAGCGGAGCUUUUCAAGAGAAUUUACAAGUAACCACCGACCAUAGGCACAUGACAACUAUAGAGGCAAGUACUUUUUGUUUAGUGAACGUCAUUUAGUUAUUAAAAAUCAUAAAGAGAGUAAGCCUCUACUCCUCUAGUUUUCAGCUAGCAAAUGCGCGCCAUUUUCCGGUUCAGUGGACAGCUUACAAAGCUUGUU